AACAAAUAAUUUGAGCAAGAACCUACUGAAGGAAAGAUGCCUUUGUUGAAGGGCAAGUUCCGACCAGCAACCAAAGUUGCAAGAUCUCGGACAAAUUCUACUUCUGAAGACCGAGAAAGAUCCAGAUCAAAUUCCUUCUCGGAAUUUGAAUCUCAAAAGAGGUUGCCAUUCAAUAACAUCAGAACGACCGGUAACACUACUCUACUUCCCUCACAGUUCUCUGCGUUUAAAAUCCCCGCCUCCCCCAUCAUAGUAGGACUUGUCUCACCCUCCAAACAGAUCCCCACCUCACCUGGGUUAUACCACGCUUCACCCCGUAAAACUCCCACAACUCCCUUCUCUCCCCGCCGUCCUCUCUCUCCUCACUACAUCCCUACCUUUACUGAUGUGGAGAUAUCACCUAAAAAGCAUGAGCUUGACGAACAGGUGUUGUUCAAAGAACCAGACCAAACAAGCGAAGAAGAAAUAAUACCAGAAGCGAAGAAAGAGGAGGCAAGAGAAGAGAUUCCCACUCCAGACAGAUUGGAAACUAUCUCUACAACUAAUGAUAAGGAUAGCUCCGGGUCCGAAUACAAUGAUAGUGAUGCUCAGUCAGUUGCAAGUUAUCAAGGUUCGGACAGUGGAUACGGUUCCCAGAGUAAACAACGGAAAGUGCAUCCAGUACACAUCGAUAAAUCAGUUAUGACAAUUUCUGAUAUUAUCAAACUACGAACCCCCAAAGAUCCAGAUAAUCCGCUCACCAAAGUAUGGAAAGAAAUUCAAGAAAAAGAGAAGCGAGAUAAAGAAAUGAACAUAGCUAAAGAACAAACACGGAAAGACCGAAUCCAGCAACUUAUUGAAGAAGCGAAAGCCAACGGAGAAAACCUCACUGAAAACGACAUAGAUGAGGAGGAGUUGCCCCCGAUCGAGGUUCAAGUUGACGCAGUAACUGGUAAGAUCGUAGUUAACGAAACAAGUCUGGAAGUUAAGAUGAAGUCUGAAACUGGAGAAAUCCAGGAAACGGUGGAGGAAGAUGACGCCGAGAUAUCGUACGGUAAAUACGAGGAUCAUAAAGUCUCCAUCAAUUCAUAUUCCAGAAGAAAACAACGUAAAUCUGUUCAGUGGACCGAGAAGGAGAAUAGCAGGUUUUAUUUAGCUUUGAGAAAAGUUGGAACUGACUUUGAUCUGAUGGAAAAGAUAAUGCCAGAGUACACUCGAGAUCAGUUGAAACGAAAAUUCAAACGCGAAGAAAAGACCAGACUCGCUAAGAUUGACAUGGCACUGAGUUACUCUAUGAGAUUAGACGACGAGUUAUUGGAAAAAGAAGAGCCUUUGCCCCCCAAACCAAAACCAAAGCCUGUUAAACGAGUUUCCAAGAAAGAAACUCUUGCUACUAAAAUGGCACGUUUGAACGAUUUAAAGAGAAAAUCGCAAAGCCGAAAAGCCAGUGUUUUAUCCGAUUCUGACGAUGAUUAUUCCCCUGACAGUAAAAAGAAGCCUGCACGUAAAAGGCAAUCACGGCCGUUAGUUAUUGAAGAUAUGAUUUUGGUCCGAGAUGAAAGUUUGGACCGAAAACUCGUAUUGUAGCAUCUGUACAAACAUAGUACACAAGUUAUUUAGGUCUCUAACUUAUUACCUUUUCAUUUAUACUAUUUGUUAUACCACUUUUUAUUUUUAAGUUAUUCAGUAUUAUAUUUGACAGCUUUAACUUGGGGUGAAACCUACGAGGUGUUUUGAUAUUUGAGGUGUUUAAAUUUAACAGGUGCUUUGACUGUUGAUCUAAGAAACUUUUGAUUUUAGAGCUGUUUUAAAUUAUAAUAUGAGCUGUUUUAAUCAACAAGGUGUUUUGAUUUGAGAGGAUUUUUGAUGUCAUUGAUUCAUAGAUAUUUUAAACGCUAUUGUGGA